AUGUCUUACAUGUUGCAGCACCUCAGGUCCGGAUGGGCGGUGGAUCAAGCUAUCAUGACCGAGGAGGAGCGUUUGGUGGUAGGUGCGGUGUGUGGAGGUUACAGUUUCCAGUGCAUCAGGUUCGGUCAUGACUACAACUAUGCGUGCAUAAAAAUGGACGAGUUGCUUUACAAGGUUGCGGACGACGUAAAGAACUUCUGCGCCAUAUACCUGGUUGACAUCACCGAGGUACCGGAUUUCAACGGUAUGUACGAGCUCUAUGACCCCGUAUCAGUCAUGUUCUUUUACCGAAACAAACACAUGAUGAUCGACCUUGGCACCGGUAACAACAACAAGAUCAACUGGGCCAUGAACGACAAACAAGAGCUGAUAGACAUAAUCGAAACCAUCUAUCGCGGAGCUCGUAAGGGGAGGGGUCUGGUCAUCUCCCCUAAGGAUUAUUCGACCAAGUACAGGUACUGA